UGGCGCCCAGGGCGGUAGUGGUGAUUGGAAGAGGGCUCGGGGGGUGGGGAGGUCCCCGGGGGCUACAGUUACUCUUUCAAGUUGCCUUGGCAGCGAAGCAGUUCGAGCUGGUUAAGAAGGACGCCGGGAGAGAUCCCGCCUGCGCGUCCCGCCCCCAACUCUGGCACUCGGCUCCGGGGUUCUGAGAGCGAAGGGUUCGAGUAGCCGAACGUGGCAGCGAGGGGAAGAGGGCCCGGACGGUGGGAAGCAGAGCCGGGGUGCAGGAGAAGAUGCCUAUCCUGCUGUUCCUCGUCGACACGUCCGCCUCCAUGAACCAGCGCACCGAUCAAGGCACUUCUUAUUUGGACAUUGCCAAAGGCGCGGUGGAGUUAUUCUUGAAGAUGCGUGCCAGGGACCCAGCCAGCCGCGGAGACAGAUACAUGCUGGUCACCUACGAUGAACCCCCAUACUGCAUCAAGGCUGGUUGGAAGGAAAGCCACGCUACAUUCAUGAGCGAGCUAAAAAAUCUUCAGGCUUCUGGAUUGACUACUGUUGGUCAGGCUCUAAGAUCCUCAUUUGAUUUGUUAAAUCUCAAUAGAUUAAUAUCUGGAAUAGACAAUUAUGGACAGGGGAGAAAUCCAUUUUUUUUAGAACCGUCUAUUGUAAUUACCAUCACAGAUGGGAACAAGUUAACAAGUACUACUAGCGUUCAAGAAGAGCUUCAUCUUCCUUUGAAUUCUCCUCUGCCUGGAAGUGAACUAACCAAAGAACCUUUUCGUUGGGAUCAAAGAUUAUUUGCCCUGGUGUUGCGUUUGCCUGGAGUGACUUCUACAGAACCAGAGCAACUAGGGAGUGUACCAACUGAUGAAUCGGCCAUCACACAGAUGUGUGAAGUCACAGGCGGUCGUUCCUACUGUGUUAGAACACAAAGAAUGUUGAAUCAAUGUUUAGAAUCUCUAGUCCAGAAAGUUCAGAGUGGUGUAGUUAUUAAUUUUGAAAAAACAGGACCAGAUCCACUUCCUGUUGGCGAAGAUGGAUUUGUGGAUUCAUCUAGGUCAUUCAGUUUAUUUACCCCUCAACAGUGGCAUAGUUGUCAUAAACUCAUUUAUGUACGGCCUAACUCUAAAACUGGUGUUCCUGUUGGACAUUGGCCAAUUCCAGAAUCUUUUUGGCCAGAACAGAAUUUAUCUUCACUACCUCCACGAACCUCUCAUCCAAUUGUGAAGUUCUCCUGUGUGGAUUGUGAACCACUGGUAAUAGACAAAUUGCCCUUCGACAAAUACGAACUUGAACCUUCUCCCUUAACUCAGUACAUUCUGGAAAGAAAGUCUCCUCAUACUUGUUGGCAGGUAUUUGUUGCUAGUAGUGGAAAACACAAUGAACUUGGAUAUCCAUUUGGUUAUUUAAAAGCCAGUACAACUUUAACUUGUGUAAACCUUUUUGUGAUGCCUUACAACUACCCAGUGUUACUUCCGCUUUUAGAUGAGUUGUUUAAAGUUCACAAACUUAAACCAAAUCUGAAGUGGCGACAGGCUUUUGACAGCUACUUAAAAACCGUGCCUCCAUACUACUUAUUACCAUUAAAGAAAGCACUAAGGAUGAUGGGAGCUCCAAAUCUGAUAUCAGAUAAUUUAGAUUGUGGACUUAGUUACAGUGUUAUCUCUUACCUUAAAAAACUCAGCCAACAGACCAAACUAGAGUCAGAACGAAUUCUAGCAUCAGUGGGGAAGAAACCUCCCCAGGAAAUUGCUAUCAGCGUAAAAAUGCAACCUGCAGUUGCUGUGCCCUUGGAUCACGGUUCACAUUUUAGAAGGCUAGUGAAAGAAAUCCCAGGGGAAACUAUGCUGAAACCGACAGAACUGAAUCCCAAAGAAUUGGCUGGUGUUCAUUUAGGGCCCACAAGCAAGGAUUCAAAACCCCAGGCAUACAGAAAUGCAUAUGAUAUUCCACGUAGCUGUCUCUUAGACCAGUUAACCAGAAUGAGAGCCAAUCUGCUGAAAACACACAAGUCUUUUGUUGGACAAGAUGAAGAUUCCCUUCAUAGUGUUCCAGUUGCACAAAUGGGUAACUAUCAGGAAUAUCUAAAGACAUUGGCUUCUCCACUACGAGAGAUUGAUUCCGAUCAACCGAAAAGACAGCAUACUUUUGGCAAUCCAUUUAAACAAGAUAAGAAGGGAAUGAUGGUUGAUGAAACAGAUGAAUUUGUAGCAGGCCCACAAAAUAAAGUGAAACGGCUUGGAGAAUUUAGCAAUCCUGGGUCACCUAAGAGAAAGCGAAAUAUGUCCCUGAUGUGGAAGAGACCACCUACACCACCUAUUGUAACUAACUAUGAUGGCGGAAAGGAACCACUCUCAGCCUUGGGGUUUUCAUCUUAUCCAAACCCCCAAAAAGAUGCCACUGUCAGUCCUGAUGUGUGGGAACAGCAAAUGGAAAAUGGGCAAAGCCCAUUGCAUGGCUUGUCAAAGUCUGCUCCACUAGAGCUUAAGAAUUUUGCACAGGAUGGUAUUUUAUCAAAUCAUUUGGAUUCUCUGUCUGAUGAUUUGACUGGUCUUGGGAAAAAUGAGCUAAUUCCCAAACCCAGUAAUGAUGUACCUGUAGAAGGAACCGAGAAUGGCAGUGUCAUAGACAACCAAAAACCCAUAGCAUCUACUUCGGAAAUGGCGUCAACUUCAUCGGAGAUCACCCCUGCGAUGGUAGAAGGAAUCAACGCUGAUAUCAAACAUCAGUUAAUGAAGGAAGUUCGAAAGUUUGGACGAAAAUAUGAAAGAAUUUUCAGCUUACUUGAACAAGUACAAGGACCUCUGGAGUUGAAGAGACAGUUUGUUGAACUUGCCAUCAAGGAAGCUUCAAGAUUUAAAAAACGAGUCUUAAUUCAGUAUCUUGAGAAGGAAACAAUGGCUGAUGAAGCAUAUGAGAAUUUGGGAAAGCCUGAAACUGAAGGGAACCCAGUGAAUAAAAUCAUGGAUCUUGCACCCCCACUUAAGAAGUACACUGGACCAUUCAAAAUGCAGCUAGCAAGUGAGGGAGAAUCCCAUAUUGAGACCUUGGCCGAGGAAAAGGGAGAAGGUGCUGCUGGCAGCCCGGACACCCAUGAGCAGUGCAUGGAGAAAGGACUUGAAGAAAUCAGUGCUGCUAUAAAAAUUGAACUCACAAAGGCAAUUGAGCAGCUGGGCAAAAGUUAUAGAAGAAUCUUCCAGUUACUUCAGGAAGUGGAAGGACCUCUGAGAGCCAGGGAGAAAGUUGUUGAAUAUGCCAUUUAUGAAGCAAUGAGAGUCGUAAGCCAACACUUGAUUGGCAACUUUGCAAAGGCUAUGGAAAUAAUCAACAACCUGUACAAAGGUGAUAAUGACAACUCAAAUAUAUAACUCUGUUAUGAAACUGAUCAAUAAAAAGUCAGAAGCAACUGUGUUAGAGAAAGUAUCAGGCCAAUACUAAAGCCUCUUACGCAUAUGCUAAGAGAAUUGUAUUACAGAGCCUAAGAAAAAGAAGUAGAACCUGUAACUGUUGUGAA